AUGCUUGCCUCCCGUCUAACCCCGCGAACCAUCCCCGCACGCCAAUGGCGUCGACACUUCAGCGCCGCCCGACCGGCUCUGAAGGAGAUCCAAGAUGCCUACAUUCUCACCAUACUAAUCGGAAUACAGUUCAACGGCUCCUUCGUCUCUGUCCCGGCUCCCCAACUCGGUGCCGUGGCCAUCAAAUCCGCAGUCAGCAAAUCCAACCUCCCUGUCGAGAAGAUCACAGACGUAUACAUGGGCAAUGUUCUUCAAGGCUCUGUGGGUCAAGCACCCGCGCGCCAAGCCUCCAUCUUCGCUGGCCUCGCCCCCACCGUUGAAGCCCUGACCGUGAACAAAGUAUGCGCAUCAGGCCUGAAGGCCGUCGCUCUGGCGGCUCAGAACAUCCAGCUCGGACUAGCGGAGGCACAAGUUGCCGGUGGUAUGGAGAACAUGUCGCGUGUGCCGUACUACAUGGCACGGUCUAGUCAGCUGCCUCCUUUUGGGGAAAUUAAGCUUGAAGAUGGCCUAAUCAAGGACGGGCUGUGGGACGUGUACAACCAAAUUCAUAUGGGGAUCUGCGCGGAGCAGACGGCAAAGAA